GUGAAAUUCUCACUUAUGAUUUAAAAGAAAAUUAAAAAGUAAUGAAGGAAGGGAAACAAUUGUUUAUAUUUGACGUAAAGUCAUAAGCAAAAUGAUUAAGGAAGACCAGGCCGAUCAACACGAACAAAGGGUUGCAGCUCUGAAGGCAAUACACCUUGUAAGUCAAAUUUUAGACGAAGCCUAUGUCAUCGCUAAUGCGGCAAGAGAAUCAGGAGAACCUUGGCUUUAUAUCUCAAUGUUGAAAAGUUUAAGGAACGAAAGGUCAUACGACGUAGAUGAUGAAGAUACCACAUUUGUGGCUUCGAAAGGCGACAGUGAUCUGAAUGAAAAUAAGAUGGAGAUGGUUGCCAAUGUUAUUGCUACAUCGACACCUCAGAAAAUAGCAGGUGACAGAAGUUAUACAACUGAAUCCAACUUUAUCGGGCAAGGCGAUGAAGAGAUAGACCUGGAACAAGGUCAUCUGGCGAACUCAACAUCAGUGUUUAUCAACAAUCUCUUUGACAUGAGCGAAGUAGAACACGUUAUCUUUUGCGAUGAUAAUAUUGCGAAACAUACCACAGAAUCUAAUGAACUUCUAACUCAAACAAUGACUAAGAUUAUGGAAUCUUACAUUAAUACAGCGCUUGGUAUAGCUUUUGAAGAACAUCCUGUUAAUUAUGGUGUUUCUGAAAUACCUUCGAGGAGUACAGAAUACUCUGAAUACUCGUUCUUGGGUGAUGCAAUUCCUGCUGAUAUUACUAAAAAUAUUGGAUUUUGCAUCCAAGAAAAUACUAAAUGCGUGAAUGAGCAGAGUGGUGAUGUUGCAGCUACGUCUACAAUGCAUAAUUCUGAGGUUUCAAUGAACGCUGUAGAAGAAUUUUAUGUUGAUGUCAACAAAGGAGAUGAAGUUGCUCUUUACGAGAAUACUUACUUGACUUUGAAUCGGGAUUAUGAACAAUAUUCCGACGAUGGAGAACCUAUACUUCAAGACCCUAAAGAGUUGACUCUUCAAGAAAUUGAACUAAUGACGGCCAAUACUUCUGAAAACGAUUUAGCACAUUCUUUGGAGGAAAAAGAGAAACCAGAAGAACCAAUAACCAUUCCAGCAAUAUCAGGAGUACAAAGUGCUUCUCGUAAAGUUGGUUUGGUUCGUCGAUGUCGUGACCAGGGUGCUAGGAUUUGGUCUCGACUGAGAGGAUGGUGGCGCCGGAAGACACCUGGUAAACAUAUAAAAGGAACCCGAGUUUCUACCUUGGGCCAUGGUAUGUGCCCCCUAUCCCCUGACGCUCGUCGCCGUGCUGCCAGCUUACUAGACCAGCGUCUACUUCGCUCGCCUUCACCUUCACGGCCUACUAUUUGGAAGUUCAAUACCGUCAAUGAAGCCCUCGUCAAUUCAUCACGAUGGAAAGAAUACACUUUUGAUGAAAGAACUGAUGAUUGAAGCUAAUAUUGACGUCACAUUUAACUAUUAGUUUAUAUUUAAAUAAUAUAUUCUUUUAUGCGUCGUCGGUUAAAUGUGUUGCCAGUGCGUACACAUGUUGUUUAUUUUAACGUCCUUAUUAAAUUACAUUAGUCAUUC